UGCACAUUUGAGACUCGUCAGUGGCGCGAAUGUUCGUUCAGUUUGUCGCGACAAGAAAGGGAUCCCGUUGGUGAGGACGAAAACAUUAUCAGUAUAAAGCUCGAUUGAUACAGCGAGAUGGAUAGACUGUUACGAUUAGGCGGCGGAAUGCCAGGUCUGAGUCAAGGACCGCCACCUUCUGACGCACCCGUCGUGGAUACAGCUGAACAGGUAUACAUAUCGUCCUUGGCCCUUCUGAAGAUGCUUAAACAUGGUCGUGCCGGAGUACCGAUGGAAGUGAUGGGUCUGAUGCUGGGAGAAUUUGUGGACGAUUACACCGUCCGUGUAAUCGAUGUCUUCGCUAUGCCGCAAACGGGAACGGGUGUCAGCGUAGAAGCCGUCGAUCCGGUAUUCCAAGCAAAGAUGUUAGACAUGUUGAAGCAGACUGGUCGGCCGGAAAUGGUAGUGGGCUGGUACCACUCUCAUCCGGGAUUCGGCUGCUGGUUGUCCGGAGUGGACAUUAACACCCAGCAAUCCUUCGAGGCCCUCAGUGAGAGAGCAGUAGCCGUUGUUAUCGAUCCUAUACAAUCAGUAAAGGGGAAAGUUGUUAUCGAUGCAUUUAGACUGAUCAAUCCUAACAUGAUGGUUUUGGGACAAGAACCGAGGCAAACGACGUCGAAUUUGGGCCACCUGCAGAAACCGUCCGUACAGGCGUUGAUACACGGAUUGAAUCGGCAUUAUUACAGCAUUAGUAUUAACUAUCGUAAGAACGAAUUGGAGCAGAAGAUGCUGCUGAAUUUGCAUAAAAAGACAUGGAUGGACGGCCUUACUCUUGCGGAAUAUUCGGAGCACAGUCGGCUCAAUGAGAACAUCGUAUCUGAAAUGCUCGAACUUGCGAAGAACUAUAACAAGGCUCUGGAGGAUGAGGAAAAAAUGACACCCGAACAAUUAGCUAUAAAGAAUGUAGGCAAGCAGGACCCGAAACGACAUCUCGAGGAGAAGGUCGACACGUUAAUGGCUACAAAUAUUGUUCAAUGCUUGGGAGCUAUGCUCGACACGGUUGUAUUCAAAUAACUGUUUUCCAAUACGUCACUCGCAAUAUGAUAUUUAAAGGAAAUAUAAGUCUUUUUAAAAUAGAAAUAUAUGAUAUUUUGUAUUCCUGAUUCAUAUAACAUCAGCAUAAAUGACUGGAAAUAUGUGUAUAAUAAAUUCCACACGUUUUAAUUGAGAAAUAUUAUCAUCGUCUUUAUAAAUCUGAUAAAAUUAUUGGAUCACGCACGUUGUGCACAGCAUGAUAUAACAAAGAAUAAAAUGUAAAAUAUAUUUCGCAUAAUUAAGAAAUCUGUAAUCAAUACAAAAGAUAUAUUGUAUAAGUCUAUUAAUUGUAAUUGAUACAUGUGGAAUUUGUGUAAUAACACUCAAAUAUAAAACUAUAAUUAUAUCUUUGCAACGAUAAUUUUUUGUACAAAUUAAGGUAUACUAAAUUAUAUAUCUUACAAAAUAUGUAUAUAUAUACAUAUAUACAGUUGGAGCUGUAAGGAAAUCAACGAAUUGCUGUACAAUGUAUAAAAAUAUAAUCUUGACAUAAUCAUGCAUCUAAA